UGGAGGACUUGUUAGUGUUAGGUCAGAGGUUGGACUAGGUGACCUUGGAGGUCUCUUCCAACCUAGAUGAUUCUGUGAUUCUGAAAAUCCAGAAACAGGACGAUGCUUGGAAGAACUUAACCUAUGGAGGAGAAGGGCCGUCUCUUGUUAGGCAACAGGUUUGAAAGGCUGGUUUCCCCACCUCCCUGUGUAUUUCGAAGGAGGCAAUCUCUAAUCUGAUGCAAUCUAAAUACAUCUAAGCUGUAGAUUGUUAUUUCCAUAAGCUAUAAAGGAACUUAACGUGUUUUUUAAAUUGAGGCUCGUGUGCAUGCAUUUGGCUUGUCCCGAUAGCUGUUGUAGAUGAUCGCUCACGUGCCCAAAAACUCCGUGUGCCUAUGCUGGAUAUGCCACUCGGUAAAGGACCGCAUCCCCUAUGUUCAGCUUUUCUUCCUUACUGUCUCAUAGGAGAAAAGCUCUUUCCAGAGAGGUGGCGAAGGAAUUUAUUAUACCUCUGCCUCAUCCUGAGAGACCAGAAGACGCAACAAGGACACGGGUUCUUUGGAUCGCCGGCGGUAAAUUCACUGUCCGCGAAAGCAAGCGAGCAUGCGUGCUCAGCGCUCAGUGGUCACACCUUGGAGGCACGGAGCUUUUGGGAUGGAGCUUGCCGUCGCUCAGCUUCCCAGCCGUGAGCGGCACGUUGCCCAAGGCAGAUCCUGAGGCCUCCCUGAGGCGGCGUGGGGUGCAAAUUUCUGCUGUUUUCGUUUGUGCUUCUUCUGGGAAAAUGGUCUGGGAAGCUGUGCCUGCUCACCUCGGGACGCCCCCUGCCGGCGAAAGGCGGGUACUGCAGGCGGCGCGGGGCGGCGCAUGCGCGGUGGCGCCCCCGGGCGCCCUCUGCCGGCCAAAGGCGGGUACUGCAGGCGGCGCGGGGUGGCGCAUGCGCGGUGGAGCCCCCGGGCGCUCCCUGCUGCCCCCUGCCGGCAAAAAGCGGGUAAUGCAGGCGGCGCGGGGCGGCGCGUGCGCGGUGGCGCCCCCGGCGCCCUCUGCCGCAUCCUGCCGGCGAAAAUCGGGUACUGCAGGCGGCGCGGAUAUGCGCAUGCGCGUUGGUGCCCCGGGCGCCCUCUGCCGCCCCCUGCCGGAGAAAAUCGGGUACUGCAGGCGGCGCUGGUCCGCGCAUGCGCGGUGGCGCCCCCAUGCGCCCUCUGCCGCCCCCUGCCGGCCAAAGGGGGGUACGGCAGGCGGCUCUGCUCCGCGCAUGCGCGGUGGAGCCCCCGGGCGCCCUCUGCCGCCCCCUGCCGGCGAGAAGUGGGCACUGCAGGCGGCGCUGGUCCGCGCCUGCGCGGUGGCGCCCCUGGGCGCCCUCUGCCGCCCCCUUCCGGAGAAAAUCGGGUACUGCAGGCGGCGCUGA